AUGUCGACGACCUCCGAGCCGCUACCCGCAGGCGAAGCCCAGCCGGAGGCAAAGGUCCUCCCGUCGGCCGGUGAUGCCGGCGUUGCCACCACAUCACGCAGCGUCGCGGCUCCCUCACUCGAGGUAGAUUCUAGCGAGCGUGGUGACAGCGUCGACGACAAUGACUCCGCCAUUGGCAGCUGGCGGUCUACACGAACCCAAAGCCUGACCAGCUCCGCCGUGGACCACAAGUACGAGAAAGGCCGACGUUACCAUGUCUUCCGGGAAGGAGAGUACCACCUCCCCAACGACGAGAACGAGCAAGAUCGCCUAGACAUGCAGCACGCCAUCUACCGCUACGCUCUCGACGAUCGUCUCUUCCUCGCUCCAAUACCGAAGGAUCAGCUGCGCAAUGUCCUGGACGUUGGCUGCGGUACUGGGCUGUGGGCGAUGGGCGUAGCAGACUCAAACCCCCAAGCCCAAGUCUUCGGCUUCGACCUCUCCCCCGUCCACCUGCAACCAGAUAUGGUACCCCCCAACGCCCGCUUCCUAAUAGACGACUGCAACGCCGAAUGGGGCUUCGCCGAACGUCCGUUCGACCUCAUCCACACCCGCGCCCUCACCCCGGGAAUCAAAGACUGGUCUCGCUCCCUGCACCAAGCCAAGGACCACCUCACACCCGGGGAGUGGGUAGAACUGCACGAGAUCCACGUCCCAGCCGGCUGCACCGAGAGCUCGCUCUCCCCCUCGAAACCGUACUUCUGGCAGAACUGGCCCGUGGAACCUUGGGCUAGGGGGGCGAAGAAUAAGCGUAUAGGUCGCUUGUGGGCGGAGGACAUGAAGCAUGUUACCCGUAACACGGCGGCUAUGUUUACGAGGGUGCUUGGGUGGAGCGCGGAGGAGUUUGAGGUGUUUGCUGCGAGGAUUGCGGAGGAGAUUGAUGCAGGGGAGAAACAUAUGUGGGUGGAGAUGUGA